AUGGUCUUAGAAAGACUCUCCGUCCUGGCCAGCAUCAGCGCUGUCUUUACUGCCUUGGUAGGCUAUUUUGUUAUUCGGUGUAUUUACGACCUCUUCUUUCACCCGCUGCGGAAAUUCCCCGGACCCAAACUGGCAGCCAUAGGGUCCUUCUACGAAUUUUAUUACGAUGUCGUCAAAGAUGGCAAAUAUCUAUGGGAAAUUAAGAGGAUGCAUCAAAAAUAUGGCCCGAUUAUUCGCAUCAACUCCAAAUCUCUACAUAUUCAUGAUCCCGAAUACUACUCCACAGUCUACGCUGGAGGAGGCCGCAAAGUCAAUAAAGAAAUAUCGAGUGUAGCGGGCUACACUUUCCCUCAAUCUUCUCUCUCUACCAUUGACCAUGAUCUCCACCGUAGGCGCCGGGCAGUUAUAGGUGCCUACUUUUCCCAGCGUGCCAUCAUGGAUAUGGAGCCUUUUAUUAAUGAGAGACUUGAUACACUAUGCUCCAGCCUUGAAAAAACUAUCGGCCGAGGGGUGCAUGCUGAUUUGACUUGGGCUACUGCCGCCUUCACCGCCGACGUGAUCUUGUAUCAUUUCUACGGGUCGCAUCCGAACUUCCUGGACAACAAAGACUUCAAAUAUGACCUGAAAGAUGCACUGACAGGAUUAUUUGAUUUUUACCACCUCACACGGUUUUUGCCUUUCCCCCCUACGACAAUCAAGAAUCUCCCUUUAUGGAUUCUCAGAUUGCUCGAUAGGAGACUUCUUCUAGCUGUAGAAGGGCGGAAUAACAACAAGAAAAUGAUACUGAGUUACCUCAAUAGUACUAACCAUACAAAAGAGGAGACCAAGAUGAGAUCUAGGUCGGUGAUUGUGAGUGCAUUGACAGACUCCAGUGUGCCGGCUAAGGAGAGGACACUUGAUCGUCUUCUUGAUGAGGGAGAAACGAUCAUAUUUGCUGGGAUGGAUACUAGCUCUAGGGUGAUCUGUUUUGCUAUGUUCCACCUUCUCAACAACAAGAGGCUACUACUGAGGCUGCGGCAGGAAUUGGACUCCCGGAAGAAGUCGGCUGAUCAGUGGACUACGGCAGAGCUUAAAGCAUUACCCUAUAUGGAAGGUGUUGUCCAAGAAGGCCUUCGGCUUUCAUACGGUCUAGUAGUCCGCGUUCCAAGAAUUUCAACCCAAGAACCUCUACAAUACAAGGGUUAUACGAUACCACCGGGGACCCCAGUCAGUCUGUCAUCCUACCUAAUGCAUAACGAUCCAUCAGUGUUCCCGAACCCGCAUAUCUUCGACCCAGAAAGGUGGAUUAAAGCUUCACAGGAAGGCAUCAAUCUUGAUAAGUACAUGCUGUUCGAAAAAUUAUGGCUGAUGGAUCAAUUACCUCCAAGUUUGGCAUAUGCCCAAAUCUAUCUUGGUAUUGCAGCAAUUGCAUCACGCCUGGACAUGGAACUCUUUGACACAACACAGCAGGAUAUAGAGGUGUAUCAUGCCAGGGGACCCGCGUACCCCAAGGAAGGCCCCGGUUCAGUAAAGGUGAAAGUGACGGGUGUGUGUGAGGCCAAGCACCUCAUUUAA